UAUGAAACAAACGUGCAGAGAAUUCGUUCCCAAGGGGGGCCAAUGGCGACUAUGCGAGCUCCGGGGCUGGCGGCAAGCAGGUCUCGUUUGCAAAGUAUCAAGCUUGCUAGAGAAACGAUUGAAGAUAUUAUUAGUCUCAGAUCAUUCAAAACUCACUCCUCCAUUUAUUUAUUGCGCAGUAUCAGCCUCCAGCUGCCGCUCAGCUUAUCUGAGACAUCUUCGAGGCGAGCUGUGCAACAGGCGCUGAUUUUGACCAGUACGAGCUCAGAUGAGUAUAAACAGCAGCUCAAUGGCAAUAGCAAGGCGGGUCCAACUCCAGUGCACGCAAGAGAGACUGUAAAAGCUGUAGCGCACGAAGUCAUGGGAACGCACAUUGACGAAAACGCCCCGUUAAUGUCAGCCGGCUUAGACUCAAUCGCAGCCAUAGAAUUUGUGAACACGCUAUCCGAAAGAUUGUGUUUGAAGAUAGAGCAUACUGCUCUGUUUGACCAUCCCACGCUCAAUUCACUUGCAGGCUUCCUGUCAAGCGAGAUCGCUAUCAACGAUGAGGCUACAACGUCACCCCGUGAAGAAAAACAAUCUGUGGCUGAGGUGUCUGUCCUAGAAACGAGAGAAGAGCGCACUAUCACUAUUGCCGCUUGGGAUUUCUCGGUCGCCGGCGGCAUCACCACUGCAUCUGAGUUGCGCUCGCUUACGAUGCGCGCACUCACCGUAAACACAAACGUCCCCGUUGACCGAUGGACAACGCCGACACCUGGUGCCGGUCAUUCUGCGGCAUACGGGUCAUUUUUGUCACCAGAUCAGCUCGGCCUCGACCACGGGGCCUUUGGAAUUUCCCUCGCGGAGGCGCGGUCGAUGGACCCGCAGCAGAGUCUCGUGCUGAGUGUCGGGUAUGGUGCCUUGAUCAAAGGUAGCAAUUCGACAGUUUCGCGAAGUGCGUUCACCAACUCCAAUAUUGGAGUCUUCGUCGGAGUAGAGCCAAGUGGACUUGAAUAGAAAGAAGCCAGCGUCUUCUCGGCCAGUGGCGGAGCAAGUUCAGUAACAUCUGGACGGCUCUCAUUCAGCCUCGGCCUUGUCGGGCCUUGUUACUCGAUAGACGUGGCAUGUGCCUCCUCACUGGCGGCGCUACAUACUUGCAUAAUGACCCUUAGGGAGGGCACUUCAUGCGAGGAAGGACUUGGAAUCGGCACCAAGGUGCUUAGUGAGGCCAUAAACUAUGCGACUUCUGUGGCGGGAAUGACCUCAGCUCGCGGACGGUGCCACACGUUCGACCAGCGGGCGGACGGCUACUGCCGCGGUGAGGGCUGUGGCGCGUUUCUCGUGCGAUCGCGGGCCUCGAUCGGCGUGGAGGUGCUCGGGUCUGACGUGCAACAGGACGGCCCCAGUGCCAGCUUGACGGCGCCAAAUGGGUCGUCUCAGAAGCGGCUGAUCGAGAGCGUAUCACGCGCUAUUACUGACAAGGAUGAUAGUCCGAGUUUGGAAGCGCACGGCACCGGGACAGCGCUCGGCGAUCCGAUUGAGGUAUGUUACUAUUUGUCGUCAAUUCAUUUCAAUGAAACUUUGCAUUUGUAGGUGGGAGCUGCUGUUCGUGCUCUUUGCAACGAGUCAAACGGACCCGCUGUACAAUGUACCUCUCUGAAGUCGAAUUUGGGUCACUUGGAAGCUGCUGCGGCGGCUGCUGGUCUAUCGUCGCUGAUCAUCGGGCCUCUGUUGGCGGGAGCUGUCGCCAUCAACGCGCAGCUGCGCGGGUACGUUCUUAUGUCGUGUUCGUUCGUUCGUUCGUUCGUUAAAUUACUGAUAUUCUCACCUUUAGGUUGAAUGUGCACCUGUCAUCGAUCGUGUCAGCUAAACCAUUCGAGAUGCCCGUCUAAGUGCUACCUCGCGAUACUUACACCCAGCGGACGUCCCGACUGAGUUCGUUUGGCUUCAGCGGAACAAUUGCGCACGGAGCGUUUGGCAUUCACAGACUGGCAGUAGCGGACAAGCUAAUCAACUCUUCGGCUAUUUCGAUCUAUCGGGCGCAACAUAGUCACCAAGGUCUCUAAGUGAAGCAUUUCAGGCGGCUUGCAGUAUUUCAUAGGUCUCGUAGAGACACAAGCAAACUUACGCCAGAGGCACAGUCGGCAAUGUAUUGCAGAGAAUAUCAAUUUGCGCAGCCAGAUUGUCACUUGCGCGGUAGAGCACCAUAUCAAUAUGCUGACCAAGAAGCUGUUGCCAAGUCUCUCUCGUAUAGAACCCAGCCGAUCAACGGCUUCGAUGGGCUCGACACAGUCUUCUGUGGUCAUUGCCAGCAAUUGUCAAAGGUCUCGCAUGCCAAAAUCUAUCUUGCGGUAGCAGGCAAUCGUGCUGUAGGAGUCGAAGCCGAGCUGUUGAGAAUAGCACUCGCUAAGUUGCAGCUGCCAGAGCUGCAUGGUCCGAUUCCUUGCGAUGACAUGAUAAACAAUUGUGUGCACUCGCAGCUUGUAUUGAUAAACGAUCCGACAAGUCUUGGAUUUAUACAAGGAAGAACAGACAAAACUAUCCAGUCAGGUAGUCUCCUAGGAAAAUCAGUGCGGAGCGUCCAAAUACCAGGAUUGACGAGAUCACGCCCUAAAUUGGGUCUUCGAUGGGCCAAUGACGACGGGAUAGCUUUAGCUAGUGUUGCGAAGUCCACAUCAUUCCAUGUGCCACCUAACGUGUGUUUGCUGCGCUGCGCCUGUUUCCAGCAAGUCAAACUGCCCGAGCGAUCUCAAAGCCCUGCAAAGCAACAGAUCGUGUCCAAUGCAUCAACAUCAGCCGAGUCACACACAAGCGCCCCCGCGCCUUCUACUCCACUCAACGCUCUUGGCGAGGUUCGUGCUGCGGCGCUUGAAGUCAUGGGCACAGACAUUGAUAUAAAUGCGCCGCUUAUGUCGGCUGGCCUGGACUCCAUUGCAGUUGUUGAGCUCGUGAACACACUGUCCAAACGAUUUGGUAUUGAGAUACAGCAAACUGCUCUGUUCGACCAUCCCACGCUUGAUUCGCUUGCCAGCUUCUUAUCGAGCGAGCUCGCUAGCAUUGAUGUGGUCGAUGCACUACCUCGCGAGGAAAACCAACCCGUGGCUGAGGUGCGGGUACUCGAAACAAGAAAUGAGAGGCAUAUCACCAUUGCCGCUUGGGACUUCACGCUUGCCGGAGGGAUCACUACUUCCUCAGAGCUGCGUUCCCUAUCGAUGCGCGCCCUCAGCGUGAACACAGACGUCCCUCUUGCGCGAUGGGCGACUCCGACGCCCGGUGCCAAGCCAUCGGCAGCCUACGGAUCGUUCAUGACUUCGGAUCAGCUCUCUUUAGACCACGGGGCCUUUGGCAUUUCCCUCGCCGAGGCGCGGUCGAUGGACCCCCAGCAGGGUCUCGUGCUGAGUGUUGGGUACAGUGUGCUGCGCCAAUGUAGUGAUUUCUCGUCCUCGCGAAGUUCGUUCACAAACUCUAAUAUUGGCGUAUUUGUUGGUGUGGAGUCAAGUGGACUCGAGAGGAAAGAAGCGAGUGUGUUCUCGGCCAGCGGUGGCGCCUUAUCUGUCACAGCGGGCCGGCUCUCGUUCAGCCUCGGCCUCGUCGGACCGUGCUACUCGAUCGACGCAGCGUGCGCGUCCUCCCUGGCGGCACUCCACGCGUGUGUCACGACGCUAUAGAAUGGCAAAGAAUGCGAUGAUGGCGUGACGAUUGGCACCAAGGUGCUCAGCGAAGCCACAAACUACGCGACCUCGAUCGGCGGCAUGACGUCAGCGCGUGGACGGUGCCACACGUUCGACCAGCGGGCGGACGGCUACUGUCGCGGCGAAGGCUGCGGCGCGUUUCUCGUGCGAUCAAAAGCAUCGGCUGGCGUGGAUGUGCUGGGGUCUGCCGUACAGUAAGACGGCCCGAGCGCAAGCCUGACGGCGCCAAACGGAUCAUCUCAGAGGCGGCUGAUCGAGAGCGUAUCGCUGUGUAAUCAUGACAAAAACGGAAAGUUGAGUCUGGAGGCGCACGGCACCGGGACGGCGCUCGGUGAUCCCAUCGAGGUACGUUAC